UCUCAAAGCUCUAUAUUAUAUAGUAUCAUCUGUACUUUUCAAGUGCACAGAAAGCAUGUCGUCAGAUGAAGAGGCAGAGCAAUUUGUGGGAGACGAACAAACUCUGCACGGCGACAGCCAAGUUGUAGCAGACCUUGCAGGCGGGGAUGAGGCUCCAAUUGAUGAUGAGGACAGCGACGAUGAUACGUCAAUGCCUGAAGAAGAUCAUAAUGCCCAGGAUGAGUCAGUGCACGCUUUCGAAGGACACACAGGCGCUGUAUUUGCUGUAGCAUGGCACCCGAACUCUGACCUCGUGGCAACUGGCGGUGCGGAUGACAGAGUGUUCCUUUGGCAGGUUGGAGAUGAUACAGGGGCCUCAACAGCAGAGCUGAGUGGCCAUACAGACACGGUGGCCUCACUCCGCUUCAAUAUGAGUGGCAGUCUCCUAGCUUCCGGAGGCCUGGACGGGCAUGUUGGAAUCUGGGAUACGGCAUCAGGCAGGUGCAAGCACAGCCUGGAAGGGCCCGGUGGAGCCAUUGACUGGGUGGACUGGCACCCUCGUGGGGACAUUGUUGUGGCAGGAUCAGAUGACUUCACAGCUUGGCUGUGGAAUGCCCAGACAGCAGCAUGCAUGCAGGUGUUCACAGGGCACAGCGGGCCGGUGAGAUGUGGUCGUUUCACACCAGAUGGGAAGCUGGUCGUGACAGGGGGAGGUGAAUAUGAUGCAAGUCUUCGCGUCUGGGACCCCAAGAGUGGAACAUGCCUCAAGACCAUGCAGGGGCAGCAGUUCCAUCCAGUCGGGCUCACUGCGCUGGAUGUCCAUGCAGACUCCACAACUGCCAUCACUGGAGCAGAAGACGGCUCUGCCUGUCUGACCAACAUCCAGUCUGGCCGCAUUCUUGGCAGGCUGACAGGUCACACGGACUCCAUUGAGGCGGCCCACAUGUCAGCAGUGAUGCCAUACAGUGCGACGGGGAGCGUAGAUGGCAACCUUAUAAUAUGGGACACUGCUACUCUGUCCGUGCGAUCAACUUGCCAACACCCAGAGGCUGUUGUGAAGCUGGUGCUCCACCCCAGCCAGCCCCUUGUGUACACUGCUUGCCUGGACGGAGUGGCGCGCUGCUGGGAUGCAAGAACAGGCACAUGCACGCAACAGUGGACCGGGCAUCAAGAGGGCAUUCAAGACAUUGCUGUCAGCAGGGACGGUAAUUCUGUUAUCACAGGAAGCGACGACAACACUGCUCGUGUGUUUACACUACGCUGAUGCACAAAGGGCCGUUGAGCGGCUUGAGAGAAUUUGGGCACAUUGUCCAUGAAGUGUUUGUCUCAAACAAUGCAUGUACCUCAGUCUUCACUGGCUGUUGAGAACAUCCUGUAAUACGUCUGCUUGUC